CUGGCUCUGUCUGGGCAGACCUUGAUCAGUAGGAAGAGGCAUGGACCUUCCCUCCCUCCCAGUCAUGGCUCGCUGCAAGGAGCCAGUUUGCCCCACCAGCCUGGCUCCCCAGCCCCUCUCCAGUGCUUCCCAGGAAGAGUGUCCCUUCCUUUCGCUUGCUGUCUCAGCGGACAGCACGUUCUCACCUUUAGGGGAGUGGAAAUGGCAGCUGGAAUGUGGGCUGGAAAAAAAAAAAGAAAAAAAAAAAAGAAAAUGCUGAGGCUUGUCCAAACCUACUCAUGUUUAUAUUGGAGCCUGUGAGUGACAUCAGAGCCGGGAGAGUAUAAACACCAGCGGGACCUAUUCGGGGCUUUAAAACCUGCGAACACACCACUGCCUCCAAACUGCCUGGGGGGUGAUGUGCUGAAGUGGUGGAGGGGAGAGCAGCAUGAGGCUCCAGCUGGAGAAGCAGCUCCUCUUCCUCUCCCUCCUCUGCAUCCUCUCCAAGGUGUGUGCCCAGCUGUGCCGGAGACCAUGCUACUGCCCCUGGGUGCCACCCCGCUGCCCCCGCGGGUCCCCCCUGGUCCUGGAUGGCUGCGGGUGCUGUAAGAUCUGCGCCCGGCGCCUGGGAGAGCCCUGUGACUUCCUCCAUGUCUGUGACCGGAGCCAGGGCCUCGUCUGUGACUACAGUGCAGCACCCGCGGGGACAGGAGCCACCUGCAACUUUGAAGACAGUGAGGAGGGCUGUGAGGUGAACGGCCGAGUCUAUCGAGAUGGGGAGGUUUUCCAGCCUAGCUGCAAACUCCAGUGCCGCUGCCUAGAUGGAGGCUUCACCUGCAUCCCACUGUGCCAGGAGGACGUCCGGCUGCCCACCCCAGACUGCCCCUAUCCACGGCGCGUGGAGGUCCCAGGGAAGUGCUGCCCAGAGUGGAUCUGCGAGGCCCAGGACCGGAACCUCCUCCAGGAUGCUGGGACAGCCCCUGGGGCAGCAUCACCGCUGCUGCCAUACCCCUGCCAGGAUUGGGGCACGGAGUGGAGCGCCUGCUCGGCCACCUGCGGCGUGGGCUUUUCUACCCGCGUCUCCAACCAGAACCGCUACUGCAGGCUGGAGACUCAGAGGCGGCUCUGCAUGGCCAGACCCUGCCCGGCUCUGCCAGCAGCAUUCCCGGCGAGGGGAAGAGGAGGUCGUUUGUAGCCAUGCCCACCCUGGUCACAUCCCGGAGCCAAAGCCUCGUCCCGGCAAAAUGUCUGGCACAAGCCCACGGCACUGUGGUUUUGAUGGAGACGGAGGACACGUCCCUUGGGAAACUGAGGAAGAACUGAUGGACUUUGGCUGCAAAGGAAGGUGGAAAUAGAGAAUAAGAUCCCCAUGUCAUGCAGCUCCUCUCCCUUCUGUGCACCCCACUGUCCCAGGAAGGGUUACUGGGCAGCAUCCCUGAGUUUCUUAGGCUGAAUGUAAUGGGAAAUGGGGAAACCCUGCCACAAGCAUGAAUCCACCCAAGAAACUGGGAAUUGGUCCUUUCCCGGAUUGGUGGGGCUUUUGGAGAGGUGAUGCUGCACCUCCACCACACCACGCGUGCAGCUUUGCUCUGCAGUGGCUGCAAGAGAGACCAUCUCCAGCAUUGGGACGCCCAAAUCCCCAGUGGGACCCCUCACACCCUGUCCCCCCGGAGAAGGAACAGGUACAUUGGGCCGUGCACCACAAGUCACUGCUGCGCCGAGAUGCUCAGCUCAACUGUGCACGAGGUCAGCCAUCCCACGAUAUCCACCCCAUGAUCCAGCAGCCGCUUUCCUGGGCAUGGGCAGAGCCGUCCUCCUGAUGGCAGCUCUAAUUCACCCUCCCCACAUCCCUCCAGAAUAAACAUGAACCUUCCUGCUC